AUGACUUCCUCGAAACAAGAUGUCACAGUGUUACAACCAUGGCUCGGCGAUCUCAAGGCUGGCUACGGUAGGAACAUAACCUCGCAACCAAAUUACUUCCUCCACUCGCCUGCAUCUCUGAUUACGACCUCUAAUUUGCACUCUCUGCAUCUCGGCACUGGCGAAUCAAUAUAUACAUCUCUACUCCCGCUCCUAGGAUCCGCAGACGAGGAACUAAUCCUGGUGACAUGUUUCUGGGCAUCCUCUGCUACACAGAAAUUGGUCAACGAUGCGCUUAAAACACUAUCAGAGAAAGGUGUUAGCAAAGGUCGUAAGAUUCGCGUGCGGAUCUGCUUUUCCUCGUCUUCGAUAUUCCAGAAGCUCUUACAUCCACAAACUCUGCAUGGAAAGGUCUAUCCGCCUGAAUCAUGGCAGUCUACACUCAAUCUCCCGGACCCAGAUCUGUUGCAAGGCUUAGAUAUGCAAGUGAAGAGUAUCUUCCUCCUGCCGUUCUCGGUCAUGCAUCCAAAGUUCGUCAUUGUGGACAGGAAAGUGGCGGUAUUGCCUUCCUGCAACGUUAGCUGGGAGGAUUGGUUCGAAGGUGCUGUCACUCUCACCGGACCUGUGGUUUCGUGUUUCGUCAACUUCUGGAGGGAGUUCUGGGUGCAGCAGGAAGACAGGGACGAGCUUGUCACCCUCUAUACGAAUUCUGGGCACAAAGAGAUACUUGCAACGACGUCUCAACAAUCACAACAAGGACUCUUACCUAUACACACGCCUAUGAACUCGAAAGAUAUCCCAACAAUCUUCCUCCCUUCUUCUCAUCACAGAAACCCAGAUUUCAGAUUUCCAUGGCAAGAACACUCAAGUCCACCGCCUACACCACUCAAUACCUUUUUCCUCCGCAGCCUCCUCUCCGCAGAGCGACAAGUCUACAUCCAAACACCAAACCUCACUGCUCCGCCUGUUCUGACAGCCAUCCUAUCAACCCUCCACCGCGGCAUCAACAUCCACAUUGUCACCAGCGAAAAACUCAUGAUACUCGAACAACUAGUCACCGCCGGCACAACAACCUCUCACUGCAUCACAAAACUCAUCUCCAAAUACCAAUCCCUCUGUUCUUCUUUCCCCUCCGACUUGGAAGCUGGCAGACCCAAACCAGGAAAAUUGAGAAUUGAUUAUUUUGUCCCGAAAGAGGGGAAUGGGGACAGGGAGCCACAGCAAAGUCAUCUCAAGUGCACGAUUGUGGAUCAAGAGUUGGUGAUUCUAGGGUCGGGGAAUUUGGAUCGGGCGAGUUGGUAUACGAGUCAAGAGUUGGGGGUUGCGUUUUUUGAUGGGGUGUUUGCAAAGAGGUUGUUAGGGGCUUUGAGCCAGGCUUUGGANGGGAGAGUCAAGAAUGUGUUGUGA